AUGGCGAUGUCAUGGUGCGAAUGUGGUCGAAAUACCAGUGCGAUCAGUAGCAACAACAAAUGUAAUGUAUCGACAGUCAAUGAUGGAUACGACAGAUCAUUCGACAUUCAAAGAGAUCAGUUAUCUAAUGACUGGGAACAAGUUUCUGGAGAACCUUUCAUAUUACAAGCGACUUCUUACGAAAGAACAGAGUCAGGAUAUCAAAAGAAGAAAAUUGAGAAUGAACGGAGCGAAACCGCAGCUGGAAUCGUAGUAGAAAACAAAGGAAAAGCAGAUGAGGUUGACAAAAGCUCCGUGAAAGAUGUAGGAGGGAAUGCUGCCAACGGCAACCAGGAACCAGUAGGAUGA